AUGGUCUUCAAUCCAGCUAACUGGCUCUACAUCCGUCGCAUCCUCCGCCUGCGUAUCACGAGAGUAGCCUUCUUCCUCUUCCUCCUCUUCAACUUCCUCGACGUACUGCGCAUUCAUCACAACCUCAGCCACAGCCAUGGCCAACGCCGGUCAAAACGUCCCGGCCCGUCGCGACCCCACGAGCGAAUCUACAUUGCGAGCAUGCAUUUCAACAAUGGCGAGAUCCUAAAGAGCCAUUGGAACGACGCGGUCAUUGGACUGACAGAGACGUUUGGCCCCAAGAACGUCUUUGUCAGUAUAUUCGAAAGCGGCAGCUGGGACGAUAGCAAAACCGUGCUGAAGGAGCUAGAUCGGGACCUGGAAAAGAGAGGUGUCCCGCACCGCGUUGAGGUGUCGGAUGUGACGCACCAGGAUGAACUGGACAGCGCGAACAAGGGCGACGGUUGGAUAGACACGCCGAGGCAUAAGAAGGAGUUGCGGCGCAUUCCGUACCUGUCGAGAUUGAGGAACAAGACGAUUAAGGAUUUGCUGGAUCUUCAUAAGCAGGGUGUUACGUUUGACAAGGUGCUGUUUCUGAAUGAUGUGGUGUUUACGGUCGACGAUGUUUUGACGUUGAUGGAGACGAAUGGGGGUGAAUAUGCAGCGGCUUGCUCGUUGGAUUUUUCCAAACCCCCUCUGUAUUAUGAUACGUUUGCGUUACGGGACAUUGAAGGCCAUGGACAUGUUAUGCAGACAUGGCCGUAUUUCAAAGCCAGGACAUCGAGAAACGCCCUGGUGAGCAACACGGACGCCGUGCCCGUCACUAGUUGCUGGAACGGCAUUGUCGUCAUGCCCGCUGAGCCCUUUGUCUCUUCAACCAAGCUCCGCUUCAGGGGGGUGCCAGACUCCCUCGCAAGCUACCACCUCGAAGGCUCCGAGUGCUGCCUCAUACACGCCGAUAAUCCCCUCUCCCGGACCCUUGGCGUCUAUCUCAACCCCCGCGUGAGGGUUGGCUACAACCCCGCUGCGUAUACUGCCACACAUCCCGCUGGCUCGUGGGUAUCCGCGUGGGAUAUCUUCAUGGGAAUUUGGAGGAACCGAUUAAAGCGUUGGACGUCGGUUACGUUUGAGGGGAUGGUGGUGCGGUCGAGGGUUAAGCGCUGGGAAAGGGAAAAGAGUGGGAAUAGUGAACCGGGUGUGUUUUGUUUGAUUAACGAGAUGCAGGUUUUGGCUCACAAUGGGUGGGCGCAUGUAUGA